UUCGGGAACAUCGUCUCAGUUGUAACCGAAUCCUUGCGUAUGACAGGCCAGUAUCGAUUCGAAGGAUUCAGGACCGCGGUUUGGUUCGAUAUCGGUCUUCGUUACUCUCGUCUUCUCGUCGCUUUCGUUGUCGUCGUCGUCGUCGGUUGAGUUGAGUGUCUUUGACGUCUGUACCAAGCAGAGAACGGCAGAUGAAGGUCGGAUGGGUCGGUUGGUAGAACGAGGGGCCCUAUAAGGGAAAAAGUACCACGCCCCAAGUGGAGCAGCAAAGAAGAGGAAGCCUAAAUUAUCCAUCGUUGGCGUUUUCGUCUUCGUGGUUUUCUUCGUCGUUGUUGAGGGCCAAAAUGAUGAAAGUCCUGAAAAAUGAACGCGUGUAAAGAUGCUCGCAGCUGUAGAUGAGUAACAGCUGUCACUGGCAGACUGGGUGAGCGGUUGCGGUGGCUGAGAGGGGCUGAGGAAUCCUUCGCUAGCUGGAUUGCCGGAGUUGGUUCUUUAGACGUUACGCAUUGAUAGCGUUGUUGUGUGGGAAAAGGGUGAUCGGGAGGUGGGAGUGAAAGGAUGACUGUGAAUUAUGUGAUAAAUAUCUACCGCAGUUAUGCCGCUCGAAAGGUGCUGUUAUAGAUUGAAGUGAAUAGAAUAGAAGCGAAUUACCCUUUUGCGAGAUAUGAUUCAACACGGUGGAAUGAUUCAGCGAUGGUUUGAUGCUUGGGUGCUGUUUUUGUGGAUUGUUGCGCUUGCAGUAGAAGAAUGCCGGCAAGUAGGAGCCCUACAGUUGACUGACAUCGACGUGCCGGAGGUUGUGGACUAUCGUGCGACAGUGACGCUGUCCUGUUCAUACGAUCUGCAGAACGAGAAGCUCCAUUCGGUGAAAUGGUACAAAGGGAAUCGGGAGUUUUUCAGAUACGCCCCCGCCAUAAUUCCCCCGAUGCGAACGUUUCCGGUCGAGGGCGUAAAACUAACACCGGAUGGCAACCAGUGCAACGAAUUCGCGUGUCGGAUACGGCUAACCAACCUGGAGCGCCAUUCUGGUGGCGAAUAUCGGUGCGAAAUUUCCGGCGACGCACCGCAGUUCGAGUUGGCCAACAGCAGUCGCAACAUGACCGUCGAAGCGCUGCCUCAGCACGAUCCCAUCAUUAGUGGCCUGAUGGCAGUCUAUCACCCGGGGGAGGCAAUUGAGGCCAAUUGUACCUCGGAUCAGUCCAGCCUCGGAACAAGGUUGCACUUUUUCGUGAACGAAAAACCGGUUCCCAUCGAGUACCUCCAGCCUCCGCAUGAAACAACCCUGGACAACGAAAACUAUCCGUUGCGGUUUCGCACCUUGGAGAUGCACCUGCCAGUGGAUAGGCUUUUCCCCAAGGGAGUCGAUCAUGCCAAGCUGCACAUAAAAUGCAUCGCAGCAAUUGACUCGGUGCGGAUGGCGGCAGGACGAGAAACAACCACCGUCGUGACUGUGCAAAGUCAUCACUGGUGGAUCGUCAUGGGUAGCAGCAUUCACAGCGGAAGCAAUCCGGGCAGAUUUUUCCCGUGGAGCAAAGUCGUUAUACCACUGCUAAUCAUCACCAGUUUGCUCAAUUUGACUCCAAUCCUGAAUCCAACAGUACUGCUAUAAUGAAGGCAAAUACACCGGAAGUGGGGGCCAUUGGCUCCCGUUCGCUCCAACGUCGUCAUUUCGGGCCAUGGAAGUUGGUCUUUUCCCGAAUCUACCCCACAAACAUGGAAAGCACGCAACCUCGGAAUUCCGACGACGACGACGACGCAUCAGAAUAUAGCAUUUUGGUGGAGUUCAAUCGCACCCCUCUCCCAAUCAAAGAGUGGUAACCGACAUCAUCCGUGAUGCCGGAGGAAGCUGCUGCUAAUUCAAUUCAGCCGGAGAAAAGUUUGACAUCACACGAACAUACACACACGCAUAGACAGAAUUUUGCACUGACACAAUCCUAUUCAUAUGAGGGGGAUUGCGCGAGUUUAACUUCGCUGAAAUAUCCGAAACGGAACCGCUGGGAAGGAACGUGAGUUUCUGUUCGGAUACGUGAUUUUCCCUCUUUUGUUAGCUAAUUAUUUGCAUAAUCAUGUAAGGGGAAGGAGCUUUCCGGCAAUAGUAAUUUCAUGCUUUAAUUCGUUAACUGUUCGUUGAAAUUUAGUUGAUUAUUGUGGGUUUGAAUUUUGACAGAAGAAGUGAGAAUUGAGUAAUGGAAAAGUACAGAACCAGAUAAUCAAAAUAUAAGAGAAUCAUUGAAACAGAGAAUAAUAGAAUCACAAGAAUCAGAAGAAUCAGAAGAAUCUAAGAAUCGAAAAAUCCGAAGAAUCAAAAGAAUCAGAGAACCACAACGAAUCAUUAAAUCAUGAAAUUAAAAUAAUUGAUUCAAUAACUUUUCUUCGUUUUCUUGGUUAUACUAGUUAUGUUCCGAAAUUCAACGAAGUUGCUCUAUAAAUUUUCAGCACCACAAAAUGAUUGAAAAUGAGAGAAAAAAAAAGAAUAAUCGACACAGCCAGACAGUAUUAUCCCGAGUUCAGCAGCGAAAGUUUUUAAUAAAGUCGGCAGAGAAAAUAAGCUUGAUGUACAAAAUAACAAAUUGUAAAUAUUGAUUCGUAUCCUGUAGCACACAAACCAUGAAGACGGGCAGGCCUCGAGCAUUUGCACGCAAAACGUGUAGCGUUGUUGCUUGGAAAGUCCGAAAGAAAAUUAAAAAUAUUGCAGAAUAAAAAAAAUCCUGACGCAAAGCUGGCUACACGGCACGAGUUUUAAACAUAAA